CUGGAGAAAGGAGGAGCGAGCUGCUUGUUGAUCUUAAAAUAUUUUAAAAUUCAGCUCCAGGGGACUUUAUAGAGAGGACUGAAAGGAGAAAUUUCUCAAAUACAGGACUUCAUUCGUUUAUGAUUCACACUCACAGACCCGCUUCACAUCUCACAACCGAAACAGUCUUACUUCCCAUUCUGAUAUACAGCUGAACUCGACACAUCAGUGGAACGAACACACACACACACACACACACACACACACACACACACACAGAGCGCAUGAUGGCUGCCCUGGACCUGCACUGUGGUGUGGAUCCUGGAGUGUGUGUGUGGAGCGGAGAGGGCGUGGACUUGCUCGACUCCUUCGACUCAGAAAUGCAGCAGUGGGAGGAGCAACUGCAGGAAGUGCAGAGGAAGAUAGAAGAGUUAUAUAAGGUGGUGGAAGCACGCAGGGGAGCCAGUGAGAUCAACCCAAACUCCAACGCUCAGCUGGACAUCACCUUACUUCCUGUCACCAACGCCAGUGGUUACCCUAACAACGGUUACCAUGGCGGAAAUGUAAACAACGCCCCAGUGCAACACCAGACUUUUAAACACCCGAGUAAUUACACCAAAGACACGUGCAGUUAUGGUGUUAAUUAUCAGAACAAUGGCUUUGCGGGUCCUCAGAGUUACACUGUUAAAGGUCAGGAUGUGAUGUUAGAUAUUCUGGACGGAUACCUCGGGAUGGAAAGUGGGAGUUUGAGCCAAAGCCGAGAGAAACCACGUGGAGCUCCACAUACGAGCUCCAUCCAGAAUCAGAGUGUUUACACUCAUCAGAACGGAAGUAAUCAGUGGCCAGUGACUGACAGGAUUGGCUGUGUGUCGCUGGGUGAAUUUGAGGAAGCGCAGAACAGGAAGAAUAAAGGCUCAGCUUGGGACGAACCCCGAGUCCGACAUGUCAGCUGGAAAGACCAGGUCACCUCCCCUGAGAAAUCAGUCAAUAAACCGCCAAUCAAGCAGAGAGACAGCCCCCAUGUCUCCGCUCGCCCUGCACACUUUUCCGACUCGCCGAAGUGCCCUCUAUUGGACCGGAGGUGCGGCAGCCCAUCUGUCCUGCGGAAAUUCGGUGCCAUGUUGCAGGAGAAUGAAGGGAAAACACUGAUUGAGGAUGGAAUUGUGACCACGCUGGUGCCCAAAGUAGUGCCCAGGUCCCCGAAGCUCAGUGGAAGCCGGGGGUCCAAGCACGUACCCGCCAAGGACACUGAGGUGCCUGUAACACUUCAGAACUGGGAACACAGAGGUGCAAAAGCGGGUGUCAAGACCUCUCAUUGGGGGAUGGACAAUCUACAGACUGACUUCAGGAUGACAGAGAGGAUUCUGGGUAAUUGCUCUACACCAUCACCAAGGAACACGCCAUCACCACACCAGGCGAGCUGUGACUCAUCCCCCACUACACCCAGAAGGAGUUUCUCUCGUCCGGCUCGUCCAGCCAAUCAGCGGCCUCCAUCCCGGUGGGCAAGCCACGCCCCAACAGCUACAAUAACCACGCACGUUGUUCCUAGAUCCCGCUCACUCAGUCCCGCCUGUAAAUCCAAGCAGCGCUUCAAUAACUACAGUUUGUACACAGAAACCGUGAUCAUGUGAGCAGGAGGGAUGGACACAGUAAAAUUUUCACCUUUGACCUUUGUCCUUUUGGAAUGUUUCCAUCUUUCAUAUUUUUUCUAUCUUUUCACACUUCACUCUAUCUCACUUCUUCGUGUGUUUCGCUGUAUAUAUACACACGCCUUGUAUUACAAACUUGAAUUUAAAACAAUGAAAAUGUAAAGAGCUGUGAUCUUCCUGUAAACCCUAAAAUAAUUUACUGUAACAGUGCUGAUGUAAAUAUAAAAUGUUUGGAGUGUAAUAUAGACAAGUGGCCUGAUGCUCUUCUGUGCCUAUAAACUUCUCUUCACUUGGACUUUACUCAUUUCUCCAUUCUUUUCUAUCAUGUCAUAUUUGAAGUUGGGAUUGUUUUUUGGAUUUUUGCUUUUCCUUCUUUGCUUUUACUUUUUUUCUCUCUUCUUGUGUUCUUAAAAGUGCCACUCGGUUGGUGUUUGAGGGACUGUAAUGUAACUAUAUUAUAUUUUCAGUAUUAUAAGUUUCUGAUGUGAUAUAAUCACAAUCUGCACACAACUUCCCUCCCAAGACGAACAACAUUAAAUGCGCUAUGAGAAUUCAAUUAUUUGGUGAAGAAACAUCUGGAAUAUUGUUUAAAAUGGACUUGCCACUUGUUUAGAGUAGAAACACUGUGUUUCUUUUCUGAUUUUCACCUCUUUAUAAAGGGCUUUACCUCAUUAUGGUGUGGUGAACGUAUAGCUUUUCAUGUCCUCUUGAAGUAUCUUAAUUCAAAACACUGCAGUCUUUCAAACCAAAACUCGAAUUUUCUUUCCAGACUGUGCUGUGAGCCUGAAAAUGUUACUUCACACUUGUAUUUUUUUUUGUUUAAUCCAUUUUUAAAGGUAUUAAAGCUUCUGAUGAUCA